AUGGCAGCGCCUGUGGCAGCAGUAGUGCUCCUCCUCUUCCUCCUGCAACUGGCCUCCUUGUACCCCAGCGCGAUCCUUGCCGAUGCGGUGCUUGGUCGGAAGGCGGGACUCCUCGUCAUGGACGACGCCGACGAGCCGGCGGAGAGUAUUAAUACCCCGGCGGCGGCUGGGCCGCCGGGGAGGUACGCCGUGAUCUUCGAUGCCGGCAGCACGGGGACCCGGAUGCACGUCUUCAGGUUCGACAACAAGAUGGACCUCGUCGGGAUUGGCCACGCCAUCGAGUUCUUCGCCAAGGUGAAGCCUGGGCUAAGCUCAUAUGCUGGGCAACCCCAAGAGGCCGCAAACUCCAUACUACCUCUCGUCAAGAAGGCCAAGAGGGUUGUCCCUUCGCAGCUAAUGGAGAAAACCCCUCUUAAGCUUGGAGCAACUGCAGGGUUGAGACUUAUCGGAGACGAACGAGCCGACAAGAUUCUUGAAGCGGUUAGGGAUCUUGUCCACACCAAGAGCCAAUUCCAAUACAACCCUGAUUGGAUCAAUGUUAUUGAAGGAUAUCAAGAAGGGUCUUAUCUAUGGGUUGCUCUAAAUUAUCUGUUGGAUAAACUGGGAGGGGAUUACUCCCAGACGGUCGGUGUAGUUGACAUGGGAGGUGGAUCCUUGCAAAUGGCCUAUGCCAUUUCUGCAAAUGAUGCCGCAAAGGCUCCUAAAGUACCGGAUGGAAAUGAUCGCUAUGUUACAAAAGAGUAUCUUAAAGGGAAAGACUAUAACAUCUAUGCUCACAGCUACUUGCACUAUGGUGCUUUUGCAGCUCGAGUAAAGAUUCUAAAUGCAAAGUGUGGACAAUUUAGUUUCUGCAUGCUGCGUGGAUUCAAAGGUAACUACACAUACAAUGGGCAGCAAUAUGAUGCAACCGCCUCACCUGAAGGAGCAGUGUAUGAAAAAUGUAGGGAAGAGAUAACUAAGGCACUAAACCUGAGUGCCCCAUGUAACACAAAGAGUUGCACCUUCAAUGGUGUGUGGAAUGGGGGAGGUGGAGCUGGUCAGGACAACCUCUACCUUGCAUCAAGCUUUCACUUUUUGGCCGCACAGGUUGGGAUCAUAGAUGGGAAAUUCCCCAGUGCAAAGUCGACCCCUUCUGCGUUCAGAGUUGUUGCAAAGAAGGUUUGCCAAAUGAGUGUUAAAGAAGCAAAAGCUGCAUACCCCAGUGUUCAGGACAUCCAUGUGCCAUACUUGUGCAUGGAUCUUACUUACCAGUACACAUUGCUCGUAGACGGCUUCGGCCUGAAGUCAAUAAAAAAGGUCACAUUGGUAUCCAAGGUGAAGCAUGGAGAGUACUACGUUGAAGCUGCGUGGCCUUUGGGUACUGCCAUUGAGGCAUUGUCACCUAAAAAGGGGCAUGGAUCUACAUGA